UCGGCCCGGUCCGGCCCGCACGGCGCUGGGCGCGGAAAACGGCCAUGCCGCCGCGGCGCAGCAUCGUGGAGGUGAAGGUGCUGGACGUGCAGAAGCGGCGCGUGCCCAACAAGCAUUAUGUCUACAUCAUCCGAGUCACGUGGUCCAGCGGUGCCACAGAGGCCAUCUACCGGCGGUACAGCAAGUUCUUUGACCUCCAGAUGCAGAUGUUGGACAAGUUCCCCAUGGAAGGAGGGCAGAAGGAUCCUAAGCAGAGGAUCAUUCCGUUUCUGCCAGGCAAAAUCCUCUUCCGCCGCAGCCACAUCCGGGACGUGGCUGUCAAACGCCUGAUACCAAUUGAUGAGUACUGUAAGGCCCUGAUCCAGCUGCCCCCCUACAUCUCUCAGUGUGAUGAAGUGCUGCAGUUUUUUGAGACAAGACCUGAGGACCUGAACCCUCCCAAAGAGGAGCCUAUUGGGAAGAAGAAAUCGGGGAGUGACCUAACCUCGGUGGACCCCAUGGUCCUGGAGCAAUAUGUGGUGGUGGCAAACUAUCAGAAGCAGGAGAGCUCAGAGAUCAGCCUCAGUGUGGGCCAAGUUGUGGACAUCAUAGAGAAGAAUGAGUCAGGGUGGUGGUUCGUCAGCACCGCCGAAGAACAGGGCUGGGUCCCUGCGACCUGCCUCGAGGGCCAGGAUGGUGUGCAAGAUGAGUUUUCCCUCCAGCCUGAGGAAGAGGAGAAGUACACAGUCAUCUACCCGUACACAGCUCGUGACCAGGACGAAAUGAACCUAGAGCGAGGGGCUGUGGUGGAGGUCAUCCAGAAGAACCUGGAAGGCUGGUGGAAGAUCAGGUUCCAGGGAAAAGAGGGCUGGGCCCCUGCUUCCUACCUAAAGAAGAGCAGUGGGGAGCCCUUGCCCCCAAAGCUGGGCCCCAGCUCAUCUGCCCACUCAGGGAACCUCGACCUGGACGGUGUUUCUCGGCAGCAGAACGCUCUGGGAAGGGAGAAGGAGCUGCUCAACAACCAGAGGGAUGGCCGGUUUGAAGGUCGCCUGGUGCCAGAUGGUGAUGUUAAGCAGAGAUCACCAAAGAUGAGGCAAAGACCCCCUCCUCGCCGGGACAUGACCAUUCCUCGAGGCCUCAACCUGCCGAAGCCUCCCAUCCCACCCCAGGUGGAAGAAGAGUAUUACACCAUUGCAGAGUUCCAGACCACCAUCCCAGACGGCAUCAGCUUCCAGGCCGGCCUGAAGGUCGAGGUGAUUGAGAAGAGCUUAAGUGGUUGGUGGUACAUUCAGAUGGAAGAUAAGGAGGGAUGGGCCCCAGCAACCUUUAUUGACAAGUACAAGAAGACCAGCAGUGCCUCAAGGCCCAACUUCCUGGCUCCCCUGCCUCACGAGAUGACUCAGCUCCGGCUUGGGGAUACAGCUGCAAUGGAGAACAACCUGGGUCCAGAAGCAGUGGGGCCCUCCAGACCCCUGCCUGAGGCACCACAUGGUCCUAUGGACUCUGGGAUGCUGUGGUCCAAGGACUGGAAGGGGGGAAAGGAGUCCCCAAGAAAGGCAUCUUCAGAUCUGUCUGCAUCAGCAGGCUAUGAGGAGAUCUCAGACCCCACACAAGAGGAGAAGCCCAGCCUCCCUCCACGCAAAGAAUCCAUCAUCAAAUCUGAAGAAGAACUGCUGGAGAGGGAGAGGCAGAAGUUGGAGCCACUCCGGAAUUCCUCCCCCAAGGCCCCUGGCAUGAUUCUGCCAAUGAUUCCAGCCAAGCAUGCUCCGCCAGCCCGGGACAGUAGGAAGCCAGAGCCCAAACCUGACAAAAGCAAGUUGUUCCCACUAAAAAAUGAAAUGGGGCUAGAAUGUGGUCACAAGGUGUUGGCCAAAGAAGUGAAGAAGCCCAACCUCCGUCCUGUCUCCAGGUCCAAAGCUGAGCUGCCUGAGGAGAAGGUAGAAGCCACUCCCCAGAAUCUGUUCUUGAAGUCUAGACCUCAGGUUAGGCCCAAACCAACUCCUUCCCCCAAGACAGAGCCAGCUCAGAGUGAAGAUCAAGUGGACAUACACAACCUCAGGAGCAAGCUCAGACCUGCCAAGUCCCAGGAAAAAGCUUUAUUAGACGGGGAGAGCCACCAUGCUGCUGGGAGUCACGACACAGCCCUCAACCGAAGCUUCCUUCCGGUAGAGGGACCUGGCCGUGGUCAGGACAGGUCUGGCCGGCAGGAUGGACUGAGUCCAAAGGAGUCACCCUGCAGAGCCCCUCCCAGGCCAGCCAAGACCACAGACCCUGCACCCAAGAAUUUGCCUGUGCCUGUCCAAGAAGCCACCCAGCAAAGACCUGUGGUCCCACCUCGGAGACCCCCGCCCCCCAAGAAAACCUCCUCCUCACCGUUAUCAUGUAGGCCCCUCCCAGAGGUCAGAGGCCCACAGCGUGAAACCAAUGAAAGCAGAGCCGUUCCUGUGCCAGGCCGGGCCCUCCUGGUCCCUCCGAAAGCCAAACCCUUCCUCUCUAACUCCUCGGUGGGCCAAGAUGACAUGCGAGGCAAAGGUGGGCUGGCGCCACGCAUAGCUGGCAAGGUGGGAGAAAACAGAGAGAAAGCAGCCCCCUUCCUCAAUGCCGAUGGCCCAAAGGACUCACUGUAUGUGGCUGUGGCCAACUUUGAAGGAGAUGAAGACACCAGCAGCUUCCAGGAAGGGACAGUGUUUGAAGUUCGGGAGAAGAGCAGCAGUGGCUGGUGGUUCUGUCAGGUCCUCAGCGGGGCUCCUUCCUGGGAAGGCUGGAUUCCUUCCAACUACCUCCGGAAGAAACCUUAGCUUCCCCCACCCUGCCCAGAGAGACCCCCGCUGUCCCUGCUGGCCUCUUCCACGUAUUUAAUACGCAUCUUAAUUUAUCAGUCUCCACACAGUUCCAAGGAAGGAGGCCAUUGGGGUGCUGUGGAGAAUGCUUGGUGCAGUGAUGUCCUGUUGCCUGGGGUCUGAGUCUCCUGUUGUGGUGCCCCUGGAAGGCUAGAAAGCCAGGUAGAAACCACAUCAGCAUUUUUCUCUUUAGUGGUACCCAUACUCCUAGUCAAUGGUAUUGUCACCCAGGUGCAGGACCGUGACACUCUCAGAACUCCAAGGCUGAGACCUGUCACCUGGAGAGCUUCCAGACUACACCUCGGUGCUCAGAGGUGGCACAGAGGGACAGCCCACAUAGUCUGUGACAACUCACUUCUCCAUGUUUCUGGAAGCCCAGUAGUGGCUUUGUUCACUGUUGCCAGAAUGCCUGGUACCUGUAAGAACUGCGUCCUGAAGGAAUCAGCUUCCAGGCUUUCUGUUUCUAAGUCCUGACCAGAUGCAGCUGCCCGAAAGUGGUCCUGGAGAUUAACUCGGUCAUCCCGCCUCCUGUAUGCCUUGGACCGUGAUCAGUCCUAAUGGGGCGUGCUUCACUACUGCAGCCUCUGGUCUAUCUAGGACUCUUAAAUUACAUUCCUGCCCACCUCCCCCAGUCCCUAAAACAAGAGUCUCCAAGUUUGUUUAAAUAAGGGGCACGGCCUAUGAGAGCUUCUUUGCCCAGUAGGUGCCAAACUGUCCUUGGCCUUUUGCUUUCAUGUCCAAACCUUCACCCAGCUCCCACUAUUCCAUCACACCCAUUUUCUAGAAGAGGAAACCCGGGCUCUACAGGCCCCAGGACAUACUAGCUAGGAAGAGGAGGGAGGAGGAAGUUGAAGUACAGGCCUGCCUGACUCCUCUCCCAGCAAAGAACAAGCCAAUGCGGGAAGAAAUAGGGGUUGACUGGGUAUCAGGGCAGGUGGCCUGGGAACCUCCUUUUGGUAUAAGCCAGGGGGCAGUAGUAACUGCCCUAGACUUGUAGCUGCUUCUCCAUGGCAGGGCAGGGCAUGCCCUGAAUCCUUAGUAGCGGACACAGAACUUGUAGGCUGGCACCCCAUGCGCAGAAGGGUAAUACUGAAAGCUGAGACAGUGUCCCUCGGUGGUUUGAAGGAGGCUCUGGUGACUAAGGACCAGCAGCUGGGGCGGAGGCAAACUAAGCAGCGCAGCAGUAGCCACAACUCUUGCCCUGGGCUGGCGUGGCUUCCCAGUGAGCAGUUAGCUUUUUUAAUAUUCUUUCCCAGGGAGAAGCCCACGGUAGACCAUCCCUAUUUUGACUAACAGACUUAACUGAGACCUCAAGAGGUCCGCUUAGCUACUACAGGGCUAAAAACAACUCAGAUUUUUAACUCCCAGCCCAGAACAACUUGUACCUAUGAACAGGCUUCCUUUAAAAGAGGGGCGGGGUGGAAAGAGCAGAACCCAUCCCCUCCCAAAGACCCUGCAGAAGAGGCCGCCCGGUCCUGUUCUACAUCUACCCCAGAAGUCUCUCUCUCAAGUGCACCGUUUUUUAAACCCGUGCUUUAGGAACCACAAAACCCUCUUUCCCGAGAUGAUUGCAUCUUACCUGAAGUGCCAAAGAUUUUGUGCAAGCAGAUCUCUUCUGCACCCUCCCCAGCGCCCUCUCUGUGCCCCUCUGGCUCUGGCUGCUGUCCUCUGACCCGUGGUGCCACCAUGACUCUCUUCCUCUGCUUAGCUCCACCCUCAGAAUACUGGGCCAGGGUGCGAGGCACCUCCUCAAGGAUAUUCCUGCUUAGUCUGUGCCCAGGGCGUUAGGAGACAGCCCCAGGUAGAGAGAGGGGAGGCUCCGCAAGUCUUAGCACUUCUUCAAGGCUACGCACACAUACCCACUGUGCAUGAAGUCUCCCAGCUUUUGUUUUGUUUUUUGAGGACACCCUUCACUUGAAUAGCUUUCAUGAAGCUGUUUUACAGGUCUUUGAAGAAGCAAAGGGUUUUUUUUAAUCGUUGUUUUGUUUUUAUGUGUUGUUUUAUUUUUUUGUUUGCAUUUGGCUCUCCAUGACCUUUUCAAGUAGUCUACCAGUCCCUAUUUUGCAGCAGGUACUAGAUUCUGCCUUUUGUCCUCACCUUGUGCUGAUGUGAACUGCAGGUGUGCAAGGUGCAUUCUCUGGUCACUGUCCUUUUCGUGGGUCACAUGCACAGCCUGAAGAUUCCUGGGGCAAGCUCCAUCAGCCACAGUGGUCGUCAUUGCUCUGGUCAACCAGAAGUGAGCAGGCCUGCAAAGCUAGUGACUCCAGCUUCCCUUGCCUGGGACUUAGCUUUCCAGCAUCCAGGACUAUGGUCACCCCUCUGGGAUGGAGCCUAUGCCAGACCUCCCUCCAUCCCUGCCUUGGAAAACUUCCAAGACCAUGGUAGCAAUGGGCCAAUCACAGACUAGAUCACCAACACAAACCUGCCAUCGCCCCCCUUAACUAAUCUGUACACCAGCCCUGUGAGAUGACAAGGAUCAGCACCAAUACUUAAUGAGAAAGUUAAGGUGUGAAGGGUGUUGGCACAUCCAGCCUUGUCCAGAUCCUGGCCACCAGCAGAGAAAUGUGUAUAGUCCUUGCAGGCAAUCAGGUGACCCAGUUUCUGAAUUUAGGUGUUACCCCCGGUAACCUCCUGGCUAAACAUUGGUCACCUGCCAGAUGGCCCCUGUGGAUGGCCCCUGCUCUCUGGCUCCAUGACUUCAUUGUUUCUGCCCGAGAGCAAGUGUAGUGAAGACCUCUGGAGACCUGGACUUGAAAACAGUUGCUUGCUAAAAUGAGACUUUGCUGAUAUUUUCUGGCCAGAGUUACUCUUGGCCGUUUGUGUUUAUAGCAUGGCCCCAGUCCUAGGCAAGGGGAGGGAGGUCUGAGCUCCAGCUACUUUAUAUCCUGCCAGGAAAUGGCUAGAGCCAUGCCAGGCGUUCACAGUCAUUUUCAGCCUCUGCCACCGGGCUGCUCCACAGAGUAGAUUUCUACGGCUUAAACUGUUUCUGAACCCACUGGGGACUUGGGUGGUGGGUGGAAAGUGGAGGGCACGUGUGCCUCGGUAAAGAACAGGUGCCAAAUCUCCCCAAGACUUAAGGACGGUCCAGUGUUUAUUACCAAAACCUUGCUCUGAGAGAGAGGAGGAAACUGCCCCUACCCUCUCAAAGCUGCCCACCGGAGGUGCAGUACAGCAGGAAAGCACUGGCCAGCAUUCACGGGGGCCCCCAACGCCAUCCUAGCAUUACAGAUAAGCAAGAACAUUAAUUAGUGUCUCUGCUCCUGUCCUUCCAUUAAGCUCUUCAGUGCUGACAUAGUCUGCACCUUGGGAAGCCUUGCCAUUUCUUUGAAUAGUGUGGCAAUCUCAACCCCUUCCCUGGCUGUCUAAACUGGCCUUCAGGGUUUUUCUGUGUACUGCAGACAGCCAUAUCCUACCGCAGACCAAAGAUUCAGUGGGGCAUGGACUGAAUUGGUAGGAAGUGAAUUUACAUCAAGGCCUGAGGCCUUGCCUUUGCUUGGAAGAAUAGCUCCUAACUUGCUAGGGUUCUAGCAGCUGGACUGAUCUGACCCCAAGCAGAACUACAGAGUUAAGACAAUGGUUCAUACUCGUCGCCUGCUCAUGGGCCACCUUCUGACCUCCUGCUCUGGACAGGGAUACCUGGUCUCUGGUGCUAUCUAGUUGAGGUACCAAGCCCCUCACAUGUGAGUGUUCCAUCUUCCUUCCUGUCUCCAUCUUCUCCACAAUAAGCCAGUCAGAAAGAGGGCUUAGCUUUCAUCCUUCUGCAGACCAGACCCGGUACCAUCGCCAGUGGCCUUCACUCUCGCUUCUCUGCUUUAAGAGCAAAGGUGCCCCACCAGGCUUACUACAGCAAUAAGCAAUUCUAAUGCAACGGAGGUGUCUGUAUUAUGCCCGUAAUGCCUUUGUGCCCUGUAAUUAUUAGUAGCGUCUCUCUUACUGGGGGAGUGUGAUAAACCAUGGUCACCUUAGCCGUACACAGUUCCUGUUUCAGGGCCACUGAGGAGCUAGGUUGCUUCUGGCAUCCCUCCAGAAACAGUGGGCUCUGGGCAGUGUGACCUAUUGUAUGUGUCUGCCCAUAGACGGUGCUGGGGACCCCUGGGUUCUCAGCUCCUCUCACACCCCCUAGGCCGACUGACAGAUCCUAGUGUUGGCUUUUGUUUCCUGUGAGUGUUUAAUGUGAGGGGGCAGUGGGUGAACACCUAGCUGUAGC